AUGUCGAUGGCACGGCCUGUGGUCGGCAGCGGCCUCGCAAGCUGCUGCACGGUAGUAUCGGUAUUUGGCUCCGUUAUUCUUGCCAUCUUCGGCUAUGGUUUUUCGCACAACUGGCCGGCACUCAUGGGCAGCACCGGCGACCCUGAAGAUGGUCUCGCCGUGGGACAGGCUUGCUAUAUUGCCGCCUUCAUCUAUCUCGGCUUCAUUGCAUUCUGCGGCUGCCAGCUUGGGGUGCAUCGAAGAUAUAGCCGCAUUCAGCUCUAA